CCAUCGUCCUACAAUUCUCCAUCUCUCCUCCAGGCUGCUGUGAAAGCUCCAACGCUGUUGACCCCUGGAUUUUCCUACAAAGGGCAGCAGAGCAGGUGUGGGGGAAGGCCAGGAGGCUAAUUAAUGAGCGCUGAGAAUGAAACCGGGCUGCUGACGGCCAGUGGAGACGCUAAUAUCCACACUCCGCUCACCCGGCUGGAUGUGUGUGCCCCCGGGCUGGCCCCGAGUGCCCAGAGUCCAAAGCGGAAUCCACCACGGCGGCCGCCGGGAGCCCAGCGGACAUAGCAGACGUAGCGGAAAUGCCUACCGAGACGCUGCAGGCAGAUAGCAAGCCGGCCGCUGGCCAGUGUGGUGGUGGAGGAGGCGGGGGCAGCUUUGCCUCAGCCGUGCCUUUACGCAUCCUCAAUAAAGGUCCGGACUACUUCCGGCGGCAGACCGAGCCCAACCCGAAGCGGCUAAGCGCGGUGGAGAGGCUAGAAGCCGACAAGGCGAAGUAUGUGAAGAGCCAAGAAGUCAUCAAUGCCAAGCAGGAACCUGUAAAGCCUCAAGUUUUGGCAAAACCACCCGUCUGUCCAGUGCCGGUGAAGAGAAGUGGUGGCUUCGGGGCCUCCUCAGCCCUAAAGGCCUCCAACAACAACGCUAAAUCUGACACAUGUGCUACCACAACGAAGCGCGAAAACCUCAAUCUGGAGAUCCUCAAGAACAUCCUCAACAGCUCUUCCUCGUCCGAAGGUCCAGCCAAAGCCUCCAAAGUUGGCGCCAGAAGCUGGGCACCUCACCGCUCUUCUGAAACUUCAGAAUCUGGGUUCACAGAGUCGCUAAAAGUGCCGUCCUCAGCAGUAAUGCAAGGUCGGAGAAGUCCACAAGGAGGUGGCAGCAAUCUGAACCUGAGUCGGCGGCUAUUAGAGGAUCGGGGAGAAGGUCAUGGCGAAAGGUCACAGAUUCACGCUUCACAAAGCUCCUCGGACAUCCGGAGGCUGUGUAACGGGAAGCCGUUCCGUUCUUCGGCCCGAAGCAGCAGCAGCUCUGCUCCUCCUCUGCCUCCAAAACCAAGCGCCAAGGCUUUGGCAGCCUACGACAACCUGCUGGACCACCAGCCCAUGGUAGGAACGCCUGGAGAAAUGGAGCUGGAGAUGGACGUUGGAGGUACCUCGGUGACCCGCAGGCCCUCUUUGCACCGUUCAAAGUCAGACUUGAGUGACCGCUAUGCUAGGGCUGGAGCUGACGUAGAGCGAUUCUUCAACUACUGCGGUCUGGACCCCGAGGAGCUCGAGGGAGUUGGAGUGGAAAGCUUUGCUCGAGCAAACUCCGACAUCGUCUCACUCAACUUUCGCAGCGCUAGCAUGAUCAGCUCGGACUGUGAGCGUUCACGGCACAGCAACGACGAAGACGGCCUGUCUGACGACGAGGAGGAUGAGGACGACCCAGCCGAAAGAGUGCCGUACGGGAUAUCGGCAGUGGAGAGAAACGCACGCGUCAUCAAAUGGCUCUACAGCAUCAAGCAGGCGCGAGAGUCUCAGAAAGUCUCCCACGUUUGAGAGCACAGAUGGAAUAAGAGUAACUGCUCGUUUCAGCGAUUGGUGCACUGUAUUGGUAUCUUGAAAGAACUUAUUGGCGAAGCCUUUUAUCGUUGUUUUUUUCCUAGGUUGCAGCUCUUUUUAAGCACUAUUUGAGCUGGAUUAGUUUCACUAAUUAGGGGUGGCUCUGCAAUGUCAUUUGUAAACGAUUUGAUUGGCCGAAUGGUACGGGAUAAAGUUUCUUCAGGAUUUCUCAACAUUUCCACGGGUAGCCUGGUUCAUAUUACGUCAUAGAGCACACUUACUAACAAUAACAACAUGCCGCAUGGCCUUGCCUAUUGGCGGGUUUUGUUAUUCCAUUAGUGUGAGGUGGACUGGAAAAGGACUGUUACUGAGGGAGCUCCGGUUCAGCCAAUUACAGAACACCACUCACUGCACAGUUAUCACUGUCAGACUACAUACCCAUAUGCAGAUUCAUACUGGAUUAAAAUCGCUCCACAAUUAUUACUGUCAGAUUAUAAAAACUACACACACUGCAGAUUCAGACUGGAUU